AUGGCGCCCGAAGACAGAGAGCAUACGGCCUUCCUCACCGAUCAAGGGGUGUACUUCUAUAAGGUCAUGCCGUUCGGGUUGAAAAACGCCGGGGCCACAUAUCAUAGAACGGUGAAUAAGAUGUUCGCCCAUCAAAUCGGAAGGAACAUGGAGGUUUACGUGGACGACAUGAUUGUGAAAAGCCAAGAGGCCGGAGCGCACCUCGCCGACCUGACCGAGGCGUUCGUCACGCUACGCAGGUUCGGUAUGCGACUCAACCCCACAAAAUGCGCCUUCGGCGUCACCUCCGGGAAAUUCCUCGGGUUCAUCGUACACGAAAGAGGAAUUGACGCCAACCCGGAGAAGGUUCAGGCCCACCCGGUGGAGGUCAUCACCGACCAACCUCUUCUGCAGGUCUUAUCUAAAUUUGAUGUCGCAGGGCAGCUCCUCAAAUGGGCGGUGGAGCUCGGUGAACAUGAUAUAAGAUACGUGCCUAGGACCGCCAUCAAGGCCCAGGCAGUAGCCGACUCCAUCGCAGAGUUAACUCAGAUGGUAGAUGGGGAUCUCGAGCAACCUCCCGAAGCUUGGAUCCUACACGUGGAUGGCUCGGCCAGCUCAAAGGGCACCGACGCGGGGCUGGUUCUGCUCGCCCCCGACGGACGCUCGUUCGAGCGCUCCCUCCGCUUCGGGUUUCAAGCCACUAACAACGUAGCGGAAUACGAGGCGCUCAUAGCAGGACUCAGGUUGGCCCUCGAGAUGCAGGUGGCUACCAUACACGUCCUCACUGACUCGCAGCUUGUUGCCGAGUAG